GUUAGAACUUAGAACCCAGUAGGGGCGGGGCGCGUGCGCGUAGCAGUUCCCCUUCCCCGUGGUCCGAGUCUGACUGCGUUUUCCAUAAAUUUUCUCCUACCUCGUGGCCGUGGGCUCCUCCAUUCGCGCUUCGCCUCUCUGCCCGUCUCCUCCCUCCGUCCGUCAGAUCGGCUUGGUGGUGCUCGCCAUGGCGGAUCAGCUCACCGACGACCAGAUCGCCGAGUUCAAGGAGGCCUUCAGCCUCUUCGACAAGGACGGCGACGGCUGCAUCACCACCAAGGAACUUGGAACUGUAAUGCGCUCGUUGGGGCAGAACCCUACUGAGGCUGAACUUCAGGAUAUGAUUAAUGAGGUGGAUGCUGAUGGCAACGGAACUAUCGACUUUCCUGAGUUCCUCAACCUGAUGGCACGCAAGAUGAAGGACACUGACUCUGAAGAGGAGCUUAAGGAGGCCUUCCGUGUGUUCGACAAGGACCAAAACGGCUUCAUCUCCGCAGCUGAACUCCGCCAUGUCAUGACCAACCUUGGUGAGAAGCUGACUGACGAGGAGGUGGAUGAGAUGAUCCGUGAAGCCGACGUGGACGGUGAUGGCCAGAUCAACUAUGACGAGUUUGUGAAGGUGAUGAUGGCCAAGUGAGAUGCCAUUUUGAAGCUAGUUCCUCUCCUGAAGGUAGUAACUAGUUUAGUGUUGAAAACUGACAGCAUUUGGUUAUGCCUUAUUCUGUGUGAAUGAAUUGUUGUUUGUUUUCUUCCCAGGGAUGUCGAUAAUUUCGUUUGGAUUUUCUUGCUGUUGUUUUGCAUUUGUGUUAUCUUGGUACAUUGAUGCCUUUUCCGUCCAAAAUGAGCUGAUUCAGUUUGCUAGUA